UUUAUGUCAUUGCUUAUCACAUUUCCAAACUCAAUUCUUCAUUUCCCCCCUUUCUCUUUCUCUUUCUCUUUCUCUAUAUGACUAUGGAUGUCUUAGUUUCAUCUUCAUGGAUAAUCCUUUCAUUAUUAUUAUUACUAACCAAUCUUCCUACAUCUAUUUGCCGUCUAAGUCGCGAGUACAACAAUUGCAGUAAAUCAUUCAAAUGCGGAAACAUAACCAAUUUAAGCUACCCUUUCUAUGGUUUGGAUCGACCAUCAUACUGCGGCCACCCUGGGUUCCAGCUCUUUGGCUGCGAUCAAAUUGCUCAACCCAUUACCAUGUCCAUGAAAUCACAAGCUUUCCUGAUAUUAUGAACAUCAAUUACACCACUUCCACCAUCACAGUUGCUAGGCAAGAUUUUAAAGCAAAGUCAGGGUGCCCUGACACUUUAAACAACAUCACUAUUGACUUCUCUAUCUUUCAGUAUACUCCUCUUGAUGCAAACCUUACCUUGUUUUAUGGUAAUUGUUCGUCGUUGUGUAAUCUUACGACGUUCAAAGAGUUUUCUUGUCCUAUGAAUCCUAGGAAUAUACCUGUUUGUUGGCUGACUAAUAAUGCUAUGUUGAAGAGUAAUAUCUCAGUAGCUUCAUGUUCAAACCAUCUUUUUCUUCCAAUUCAUAUGUCCGACAAUAAUUUUAUGGACACGAUUGGAGGUUACAUGCCUAAUGCUGCUUGGAAUGGUUUUGAGCUUAGAUGGAACGCCAAUAAUGGUUCGUGUGAAGCAUGUCUUAGAUCAGGAGGUCAGUGUGGGCAUGAGCCGCGUUCAAAUAAAUUCUUUUGCUUCUGCAGUGAUGAAUCCAACUGCCCUUUUCCAGGAUCCACUCCAUACAAGGUCCUUCUUACCAAGCCCAAGAUCGCGCUACUAGCUUGUUUCGCAGCUGCUGGGGUUGGAAUUUUAGUUUUCUUAGGCUUCUGUAUAAGAAAAAAAUGUUCAUCAAAGGACGAGGAUCUUCAACGGAAAAGGAAGCCAGAUGUUGAGGCUUUUUUGAAGAUUCAUGGAACUGUUGGUCUACAAAGACACACAUAUUCUGAUCUGAAGAAAAUAACCAAUUCCUUCAGAGAUAAGCUAGGCGAAGGAGGUUAUGGUGCAGUAUACAAAGGAAUGAUUCGGAAUACUGAACAUCUUGUUGCAGUAAAAUUAUUGAAAAAAUCAGAGGGAAAUGCAGAGGAUUUCAUUAACGAGGUUGCAAGUAUAGGAAAGACAAACCAUGUCAACAUUGUCAAUCUGUUGGGAUUUUGUUACGAGGGUCGACAUCGAGCUCUUGUCUAUGACUUCAUGCCUAAUGGAUCACUUGAAAAGUACUUGUAUGAAACAAACAACCUCCAAUCCCUCUCAUGGGACGAAUUAUUUCAAAUCUCGGUUGGAAUUGCAAGAGGGUUAGAGUACUUGCAUCGAGGUUGUAACACAAGAAUCCUUCACUUUGACAUUAAACCAAACAAUAUUCUCCUAGACGAGAAUUUUUGUCCAAAGAUUGCAGAUUUCGGCCUUGCUAAGUUAUGCCCGCAAAAGGAGAGUGUUAUCUCGAUAUCUGAAGCUAGAGGAACUGUGGGAUACAUUGCUCCUGAGGUAUUCCUUAGGAGUUUUGGUGGUGUUUCUUACAAAUCAGAUGUUUAUAGCUACGGUAUGUUGGUUCUUGAAAUGGUUGGGUGUAGAAGAAAAGCGGGUACUGAAGGUAAUGAAAGCAACAAUAGCGAACAAUAUUUCCCUCAAUGGAUAUAUGAGAAACUCGAAGUAGGGGAAGAAUUUGAUGACCAAGAAACAUUGAGUUCUGAUGAGAGGGAGAUUCAGAAGAAGAUGAUUUUGGUGAGCUUAUGGUGUGUGAAGACUAACCCAUCAAGUCGACCAGAAAUGAGUCAAGUGGUCGACAUGCUAGAAGGAACGGUUGAAUCACUACAAGUCCCUCGUAUCUCUUCAUUAGCUCCCACCUCAUCGUUUGUUGGCUCCCCAAUGUCACUGUCACAAUACUCACAGACCUCAUCCUACGGUCUCAGUACGACAACUACUCUUUAGUACAGCAGUUUGCAGUAGAUAUACUGGUAUUAAUGUUCUCAGACCAUGUUUGUGGCUUCAGUUUAAUAACAUGAUGCAAAAAGAACAAAAGUUCUGAGCUUGUUUCUAAUAA